AUGCAAAAUACUGUCGCACGAAAACGUGUUAAUGAUAUAUUAAAAAGAGCUGCACAAAGUGUCGCUGUUCAGCGUGCUCGUGAUGAUUUGUGUUUUACUCCACAAUUAACAGAUAAAUUAGAUUAUAUAUCAACAAAUGAUGAUAUAGAUGAGAAAGAAAAAAACACCUUUAUUCAACAAGUUCUCUCAUCGCAAUUAACUAUAGCUUUUUUAAAAAGUUUCUUUCUUUUUCAACAACAACAACCGUCAAAUACACCCACAUUAUCUGGUAAACAACCUGACACGUCGACUUCACCACUAACUGUUUUUAUUGAUCAUUCACAAUCAAAUGACUUAUUAUUAUAUUCUUCUUCUUCACCGUUGAAUUUACCAUUUACACCCGAUCAAAAUGAUUCAACCGAUGAUGAACCACCACCACUCGAUAAUUUGGCAACUGAUGCCAUGGAUUUUACCAUCUUUUUAUUUCUUCGUCCACUUUUUUUUCUGUGA